AUGAAGUCCUUCUCUCCUCUUGCCCUGGCCCUGCUGGCCGCUGCUGGCUUUGCUGUUGCCGACCCUUCUGCCUCUGACUGCGCCCAAAUGUGUGUUACCAACAUGAACAACAAGGCUUCUGACCUUGGCUGCAAGUCUGGCGAUAUGACCUGCCUUUGCAAGACCGACGACUACAAGUACGGUAUUCGCGACUGCACCAAGGAAGCCUGCCCUAGCGAUGAUGCUGAGAAGGUCCUCUCCAUGGCCAUUGCCAAGUGCCCCGGCGGUGUUGCUGGCUCUGACGCCAGCUCUUCUGCCUCCGGCUCCGGCUCCAGCUCUACUGCAUCUGGCUCCGACUCCAGCUCUACUUCCUCUAGUGCUGGCUCUGACUCCACUGGCACCAAGACCGGUACCAUGACUGGCUCCAUGAGCAGUGCUACUGGCGCUGCUGGUUCCUCGACUGGCUCCAUGACUGGCUCUGGCUCCUCCGGUUUGACCACCAUGACUAGCACCGGCACUGUCUCUGGCUCUAUGACCACCGUGACCACCAUUGGUACUGUCUCCGGCACUGGUGCUUCUUCCACCGAGACUGGCUCCGGUGGCUCCGGCUCCGACUCCGACUCCAACGGCUCUGGCUCUGGCUCUGACUCUUCCAGCACUGACGGUUCCGACUCCGCCUCUGGCUCUGCUGCUCCUUCCACCAGCACCGGUGCUGCCGCCCCCUUGGCCACUGUCGGCAGUGGUGCUAUGGGUGCUCUUGGUCUGGUCGCUCUCCUCGCCCUCUAA